AUGGGGGGCGAGGCGCGUUCAGGCACCCAACAACCAGUAGCCGCGUCAGCACCAGCCGGGGCCAGCCACGGCGGCGAUGCGAGGCUCUGGUGGAACCGCCUGGCCAAUCGCGUUCUGCCGCGCGUGGCGUCGGUGCAGCGUCCCCCCGUCUUCUCUCUGCGGGGGCUGGCCAGCGGGGGGGAAUUUGCAGCGGCGGAGGGUUCGCGUGGGGGAACCGCGGUUGCAGAGGCUGCGGGGGGAAGGGGAGGCGGCGGAAGAUGGGGAGGGGGGAAUCAAGGCGGCUGGCGGAAAUGCGGGACCGAAAAGGCGGCGGAGCAUGGGGACGCGGGGGGAAGAAGAAACGCCAGCGCGCGGAAAGGGGGGAGAUUGAGCGGGGGCAGGAGGCGGGAAGUGCGCGCAGGGGCACAGUCGACGGGGGGAGAGCAGGGCGCGCGGGGGAGAGAAAGGGCCGGAUCUGGCGGAGGGAGGAGUGCGGAAGGCGUGGCGGAGAAGCUUCCCCCAGCGGUUCCCCCCGCGGGGCGGGAGAUGGAGAGGCUGCGCGACAAUCUGGCGCGGAUGCGGCGGGAGGCGCUGGGGAGGGCGCUGGAGAGGGCGGGGCGGGAGGGGAGCAUAGGAUGGGCGGAGGCGCAGUGGCUGGUGGAGGGCAUGAUGGGGCGGGGAGACGGCAUCCGCGCUUACAGGGUGAGAGCGGAGUGGUGGGGAUGGGUUUGUAGUGAGGAUGCAGUGGGAUGGCAGUCCGGGGUGGGGAUCAGGUGGCAGGGGGAUAAGUGGCUGGUGGAGGGUAUGAUGGGGCGGGGGGACGGCAUUCGUGCUUUGCUUACAGGAUCCUCCAGUGGGCGCAGCAUCAGCCAUUCUACUCGCCCUCUCACAGGCAGGGCGCAAUCUCAAUGCAUCCCACACACACCUUCUCUCACAUUUCCUCCUUCCUCUCCCGUUCCCUCCCUUUCUCCCCCUCCAGAUCCCCCAGUGGGCGCAGCAGCAGCCAUUCUACUCGCCCUCUCACAGGCAGGGCGCAAUCUCAAUGCAUCCUACGCCUUCCCUCCCGUUCCCUCCCUCUCACCCCUCCAGAUCCUCCAGUGGGCGCAGCAGCAGCCCUUCUACUCGCCCUCCCCGCCGCUCCUCUCCUCCCUCCUCCUCCUCCUAGCGCGCACGCACCGCAUCCCACCCAUGCUCGCCCUGCUCGACCACUGCCUCUCCUACCAAUCCCACGCACCACCACCGGAGGCACAGGGCAGCACAGGGGCCUCUUCCCAGCCCCUCCUGCCCUCGCCGCCCCAACCGCCCAACCUGCCCCACCCGCCGGUGCUGCCAGUGCGCACGGCGCAGGGGGGAGAGGGUGCGACGCCUGCUGCUGUGCCUUCUCAGUCGCCUGCAGUGCUGGUGGGGCCGGCUGUGCCGCUGCGCGUGGUGCAGGCGUGCAUGGGGGCGCUGCUAAAGUCUGCGCAUGAUGAGAUGGAGCGCGUGUGGGAGCUGUAUGGCAUGGGGGAGCGGGAGGGGGGCAGGGGCAGCACUCCCGACUGGCUUGUCAAUCAAAUGUUCGAGGCGUGCAUGGGCGCGCUGCUCAAGUCCGCGCAUGAGGUGGGAGGUGCACUCCCCAAGUGGAGAGGCCGCCACAUGCACAAGGCAGAAGCGCUCCUACGAGAGACGAGGGAGAGGAGGGAAGGGAAGAAUCAGCAGCGCAGCUCGGCCCCUCUGCUCCAAAUGUAUGCGUCUCUGGUGCGGCAUCAUGCCAGGGAGGGCCACGUCAGCAAGGUGGUAACCCUGUUACAGCAGAUGCGAGACGACCUGGCCGCGUCGGGACGAACGGUGCCGCCCCAGGCGGUCGAAGCGGUGGUGUUUGCAUGCGCCCGGGCGGUGUAUCGGAGAAAAAAGUGGAAAGAGAAAGGGGGAAUGGUGGGGUCGCAUAGAGACAUGGGUAGAGGAGGUAGAGGUUACAGCAGAGGAGGUACAGGGGUGGGAGAGGAGGAUGGGGAGUUGCCUGCUGCAGCACUGGCUGAGCAUGCGUGGCGGUAUGAGGCGAGCAUUGCCGCAUGGCCGCAUGUCAUGUCGAUCAAGAGGGGGGUGGGAGAGUGGGCGGAGGGCGAUGAGGAGGGGAUGAUGGGAGAUGCAAGCAGAGGGAGGGUGGGGGAGUGGGAGCGUGCAGCGCGGGGCACGCGUAUGGGAAGCAGGGAAGCAGCAGCAGCAGCAGAUGGGGGGGGAGAGAGUCUUCCCGGGCUGCGGGCGUGCAAUGCGUAUCUCGCAGCGCUGGCAGGAGCAGCGGUGGCGAGCGGGGCUGAUGGGCGCAGGAGGGAGGCGGAGAGGUGGGGAGAGGAAGCAGAGGCGUUUUUCCGCGGCAUGCUGCGGGCGGAGAGAGGGCCGCUCACGGCUGCUGUGAACGCGCUGCUGCACAUGUACCUCCACCAGUCGCGCCUCAACGACCUUGAGAGAAGGUUUCAAGGAAUGAAAGAGGUGGGGUGCCUUCCCGAUCGCACAUCCUACCAUCUGCGCCUGGCAGCCCACAUGAAGGCCGGCAACGUGGGGUGCCUUCCCGACCGCACAUCCCACCACCUGCGCCUGGCAGCACACACCAAAGCCGGCAACGUGGGGUGCCUUCCCGACCGCACAUCCCACCAUCUGCGCCUGGCAGCGCACACCAGAGCUGGCAAUGUGGGCAUGGCCAAGAAGACCUUCCUCGAGAUGAACUCCCACCAGGACAUAGGCGUUGACUCGUCCGAGCUCCCUCCCACCCCCCCACCCCCCCACAGAACCGUACGUUCGCUGUAUCUGGACAUGGUGGGAAACCGGAAGGAUCGGGGCCGGAAACCGGGGAUGGUGCUGGAAGGAGCGGCGAGGGAAGCGGCGGAAGCAGUGUUUGGGAAGUUGAGGGUUGAAAGGGACGAGACGCGGAGCAUGAAGCUGAGUAAGGAGCAGCGGCAGGUGUUGGCAGGGGUGCUGCUGGGUGGAGCGAGGAUCGCUGCGCAGGACAACGAACGGACGUACGAGAUUCAUUUCGAGCAGCCGCUGGACAAUCCUGGCCGUGUAGAUCUGCUGGAUGGGCUGUACAGGGCGUUUGGCUCUUGGGCGAGUGCGCCGCCCAGAAACAUGCUGCUGCUCAUGCCGCCCGCCCCGGAUGCUCCUCCCGAUGCUGCUGCAGCCGCCGCCGCCGCCGCUAACGCCGCUGAUGCCGCCUCCUCUUCCUCUUCCAACCCACCCGCCGACCUUCUAGCAGCAGCAGGGGUGCGUCCGAUCCGCGUGCGUCACUUCGCCACCAUCCCCCACACGGCCCUCCGCUACCACGCACAGCGCUACCACCCGCAGGGCCCGCGCGUCAUUCCGAAGCUCAUACAGCGCUGGCUCACCCCUAAGACGCUCGCGCACUGGUACAUGUACAGUGGGAGGCGGUGUGAGGAGACUGGGGGGAUGAUCCUGCAUGCAAAGCAGUACUCGAGUCGGGAUUUGAGACGGAUUGCGCGGGCGCUGUGCGUGUCGGUGCGGGAUUGUGGCGUGAAGAUGAGGUAUAGAAGGCCGGGGCAGAGGGUGCUGGAGAAGGGAGGGAGGAAGGCGGGGAAGAAGUUGAGGAAAGUGGUGAGGGGUGGAGAGGGAGAGGAGGGUGGGGAGGGGGAGGAGGGGGGUGGAGGAGCGAGGGAUAGGUUCAGAUGGAAGGCUCAGAUGGGGAGGGUUGCGUUGGAGAGUCCUUGGGAUGCGCCGAACCUGAUUCGGUUCGGCGGAGCCACGGCGACGAGGCUGUGGAAGUUCAUGGAGGCGCAUGUGCUGCCGAGCCUGAGGGAUGAGCUUCGGCCGGGCGUGAGGAUGAGGGUCGGGGGAGGUGGUGGGGGGGUUGGUGGUUUGGGGGGAAAUGGUGUGUUGGGAGAGAGCAGGGACAGGGAGGAGGACGAGGAGGGGGAGAGGAUGGUGGGGAAUGGAGGGAUGGGUAGGGAGGGCCGAGAGGGGGAAGUGAUGGGAGAGGAGGGGAAAGAGGGUGGGGAGGUGUGGUCUGAUGAUGCAUGGGGUUCUGAUGUUCAGGAUGAGGAGGAAAGAGAUGAGGACGAGGAGGAGGAAGACGAGGAGGAGGAAGAAGAGGAGGAGGAGGCAGAAGAGGAGGAGGAAGAUGAUCAAGAGGAAGGAGACGAGGAUGAGGAUGAUGGCGGCGAUGAUUGGGAUGACAGGGAGGAUGAAGAGUGGGGAGAAGGGGAAGAGGCGGAGCUUGGGAGGGAGGAGGGGGAUGACAGGCUGCAUCGAGGCCAGCAAGGGUUUAGAGUGGAGAAUAGUGCUGGAGAAGAGCUGAGCAACGAGAGAAAAGGGCGAGCCAUUGGCAGGGAAAGGCUUGAGGAACAAGAAGGGCACGAGGGACAAGAGAAAGCGGGCAAGUUUGAGAGGAGGAGAUUCAGUCGGGGCCGGUUUAGCGAGAGGGAGAGGGAGAGGGACACACGGGAGGAGAUCGGGCUGAGCGAGUGGAUGCCGCUGGAGUUGGCGCUGUACAUGGAGAAGGUGCAGACUCCCGUGUUUAAGAAGAAACCCAAGAAGCGGUGA